AUGAAUUCUGAAGAGUUAAAUAGCAAUGAUGAAGCCUCGAAAGAAGAUAGUUCAAAGAGGAGAAAGCCAAGAUACGUGAGGUUUAGACCUGAGCGUGAUAUGGUCGAUCCAAAAUUCUUUGUUGGGCUGUUGUUUGAUGAUAAACGGAUAUUUAAACAAGCUAUUGAUUAUUAUGGAGUUAAAUGGGGUAAAUAUUUUAGGUGGGGUAAACAUGACACGUCUAGAAUGCGGGCUAAAUGCAAUAGUGCAAAUUGUGACUGGUUCAUUUAUGCUUCUAAAGAGGUUGAUAGUGACGCUUUUGUUAUUAGAACCAUGGGACCAUCUUGCAAUUGUGGUAGGACUUUUCAUCACAAGCGUGCCAAUUCAGGUUUCCUAAGUAGACACUAUAUGGACUUUCUUAGAUUAAAUAAGAGGGUGAGUGUCACAGAAUUUAAGGAGAAGGUGCACUUAGAGCUAAAUGUGAAUAUCACAAGAGACCAAGUGAGUAAGACCUUCAUGAAGGCAAAGCUUUUGAUCUAUGGCAGUUACAAACAACAAUACACAAAGCUGUGGGACUACUGCGAAGAGUUGUUAAAUUGCAAUCCUGGCUCAACGAUACAUAUGGAGACAACGGUUGAUGAUAUAAGUGGUAAGAAAAGAUUUCAAAGGAUAUACAUAUGCUUUGAAGCAUUGAAAAAAGAGAUCAAGGCUGGUUGUCGACAAUUGAUUGGUUUAGAUGGUUGCCACUUGAGGGGUCCACAUCCAGGAGUAUUGUUGACUGCUAUUGGAAUUGAUGCCAACGAUUGUAUCUACCCCAUUGCAUAUGCAGUAGUUGAAAUUGAGAAUAAGAGUUCAUGGAAGUGGUUCGUGAAGUUCUUGAAACAUGACUUGUGCAUUCAUGAACAAAAAACAUGGACUUUCAUCAGUGAUAGACAAAAGGGAUUGGGGUCUGCCAUUCAUGAAGUCACUCCGGGUGUGGAGCAUCGGCAUUGUGUAAGGCAUCUACACAAUAACAUGAAGAAGUCGCAUUCAGGUGAAUCAAUAAAAGCAAGAUUUUGGGCUUGUGCAAGGUCAUUAUACAUGCGCAAAUUUGAGAGUGAGAUGGAUGCUUUAAACGGGUAUGACUACAAUGCUCAUAAGUGGCUGGUGGACAAUAUAAAUCCAAGACAAUGGUCAAGAUCACAUUUUGGAGAAACAACUAAGUGCGAUAUCCUACUGAAUAACCUUUGUGAGAGUUUCAAUGCUGUAAUCUUGGAAGCUAGAGAGAAACCAAUCCUGGGUAUGUUGGAAACCCUUAGAAUUUACCUCAUGGAUAGGAUGCGGAUGAAAAAGGAAUGGAUGAAGAAGAGGACUGAUGUAAUAUGUCCAAAGAUUCAAAAAAAGCUUGAAAAGGCAAAAAAUGAGGCUGCCGCCAAUAUUGCUAGACACUCAGACAACAAAAGAUUUGAAGUGCAGCAUAUCUACGGUGGAACCUAUGUGGUUGAUGUCGAAAGAUGCACAUGCACAUGUAGAAAGUAG